CUUUGCUCUGGGCUCUGGCACGUUAGAGAAUCCACGCCGCUCGGGAGCGGGGAGGAGAGAAGAGAAGCAAGCAACACCACCGCCAAAGCGCGGCGGGCGUUGGCGAUGGCGAUGGCGGGCCACGCCCCCGGAGGAGCGCUCCCCCUGAUCCUCCUCGUCGUCUCUUGCUGCGGUCGCAUCGUCUCCGGAGCCUCCCCAGCCGCCGCCGCCCUCCGCCGCGUCGGCUCCGGCUCCGGCGGCCUCUGCGACCAGCUGCUCCUGCCACUCGGCUACCCCUGCACCGAGCACAACGUUGAAACAAAAGAUGGAUUCCUUUUAUCUCUUCAGCAUAUCCCACAUGGCAAAAAUAAAGCAGCAGAUAGUACUGGCCCUCCAGUUUUUCUUCAACAUGGUCUUUUUCAGGGAGGAGACACAUGGUUCAUAAACUCUGCUGAGCAAUCACUUGGGUAUAUCCUUGCUGAUAACGGUUUUGAUGUUUGGAUUGGGAAUGUCCGUGGAACGCGUUGGAGUAAAGGUCAUUCAACCUUUUCUGUUCAUGAUAAGCUUUUCUGGGAUUGGAGCUGGCAAGAGUUAGCUGAAUAUGACCUUUUAGCAAUGCUAGGCUAUGUGUAUACAGUCACACAGUCCAAAAUUCUAUAUGUGGGGCAUUCACAGGGAACUAUAAUGGGUUUGGCGGCUUUGACGAUGCCCGAAAUAGUAAAAAUGAUUAGCUCUGCAGCACUUCUUUGUCCUAUUUCUUAUCUUGAUCAUGUUAGUGCUAGUUUUGUUCUCAGAGCAGUCGCCAUGCAUCUUGAUCAGAUGCUUGUUACUAUGGGAAUUCACCAGCUGAACUUCCGUAGCGACAUGGGGGUUCAAAUAGUAGAUUCUUUGUGCGAUGGUGAACACGUGGAUUGCAACAAUUUGCUAUCUGCGAUUACAGGGGAAAACUGUUGCUUCAAUACAUCAAGGAUUGAUUAUUAUUUGGAGUAUGAACCUCAUCCAUCAUCGACAAAAAAUCUGCACCAUCUUUUUCAGAUGAUCAGGAAAGGCACUUUCGCAAAGUAUGACUAUGGGUUAUUGGGAAACCUAAGGCGCUACGGUCAUUUGCGUCCUCCCGCAUUUGACCUAAGCAGCAUACCAGAAUCACUGCCCAUAUGGAUGGGAUAUGGAGGUCUUGAUGCAUUGGCUGAUGUAACCGAUGUUCAGCGUACUAUCAGAGAGCUGGGAUCUACACCAGAACUUCUGUACAUUGGUGACUAUGGCCAUAUUGAUUUUGUUAUGAGCGUGAAGGCGAAAGAUGAUGUUUAUGUGGACCUAAUAAGAUUUCUUAGGGAAAAUGGAUGGCAUAAUAGCUAUUAGGAUGUCUUCAUGUGUAUAAUAAAAACAUCUGUACAGUAUUGGUCCUCUCCCGAUGUGAGUAUGUAUAUAUUGCAUAUGAGCUUGUUGGAUCUAUGGUGCAUGCUCUCAAGUCUAAAACGCUGUCAGCAGCAAUUGUAUCAUUGUAUCCAA